AUGGAUAAAAAUGAUAAGAAAAAAACUUCAGUUGAAGAGUCAGUCGUACCUGAUGGUGGAUGGGGAUGGAUCGUUGUCUUUGCAUCAUUUUUGAUCCAUUUCAUUAUGGAUGGGAUAACAUAUUCAAUGGGUCAAACGUUCUUAGAACCUAUGCGAAAUAAACUUGGACCUGAUCGAGCUUCAGUAUCAACUAUUUUCAGUAUUUUACCAGCUGUCACUCUUGGUGCAGGACCAAUCGCAACUGUUUUCACUAAUAUGUACGGAUGUCGUGCAGUGGCUAUAGGAGGUACAUGCGUUGCUGCUUUCGGUUUUUUUCUUAGUCGACUAUGGGCUAAUAUUUGGUAUUACUAUAUUACAAUUGGCAUUAUCGGAGGUUUUGGUUUUGCACUCAUGUACUUGCCAGCGAUUGUCUCUGUUGGAUUGUAUUUCGAAAAAAAACGUACAUUUGCCAUGGGUAUCGCUGUAUGUGGUUCAGGUGUGGGUACAAUGGCACUUACCUUUAUCAUGAAUGGAAUCGUCAAUAUACGCUCAUGGCUCAGUUAUGAGAAUGCACUGCUUCUCGAAUCUGGUAUUAUCAUGAUUAGUCUUCUAUGUGGCUUCUUGAUGCGUCCUUUACCACAAGAACCUAGUGAACAACGACGAUUAGAACGAAAAAUGCGUAAAGAAGGUCAACAAAAACAAAACGAGGAACUUUUAAUUGUUCAGAAUGGUUCAACAACAUCAAAAAAUAAUUCUACUGAAGUUGUCAUUAUUGAAAAAUCACCAAAAAAAUCUUUCUUUCAUCAAAUAAUCGAACAAAUCGAUCUCAAUCUACUCAAAAAUCUUGCAUUUACACUAUUUGUUGUAUCCAAUUUUUUAGCAAGUCUCGGCUUCAAUGUAAUUUAUAAUUAUGCUGAUGAUCUUGCAAAUGAUUCAAACGUUCAAAAAGAUGAUCGAUCAUAUAUUGUUAUGUCAAUUGGUUUAUCAAAUAUUUUUGGUCGUAUUAUCAUUGGUUAUCUCGGUGAUCGAAAAUCGGUAAAUCGACUUUUCUUAUUCGCUAUAACAUUAAUUAUUUCUGGUGUUGCUACAAUAGUGGCUCCAUUAUGUGGUUCUUCUGUUUUGCCUCAUAUAGGCUAUGCAUCUACUUUUGGUUUCUUUUCGGGUGGUUACGUUGCUUUAACAGCGAUCGUUCUUGUUGAUCUAGUUGGUAUUAAUAAAUUAUCAGAUGCAUUCGGUGUUCUUUUACUUUUUGUUGGCAUUGCAACUGCUGUUGGAACACCAAUUGUUGGAGCAAUGCGAGAUGCAUUUUCUCACUUUACUCGACCUUUUCUUUGGCCUUAUUUUAUUUUUGGUGGUUGUACUAUUCUUAGCGGUGUCAUACUAUUUACUAUUCCUUUGUUACAACGAAAAAAGUCAAAUGACAAACAAGUGGAGAUGGGUUGUGAUAAUAUCUUCUCGGAAAAAGAUCUAUCAUGUGAAGAACAACAACAAAAAGUUUAA